AGAUUUGGGCCUAAAACUUUUGACAUAUAGAGGGAAACUUUUGAAAGAGACCAAAAUUCCAAAAAAUUUAAAAGUUCACAUCAGAUUUUGAGUCGCUACCACAAAACAAGUCUCGUGCUCAUUUUCUAUCUCCGGCGAAUUCACGCAGCAAGCUCCGGUGAUCGGAGGCAAUUGUCGAUCGAAGAUUGUUAUAUAUACAUACAUAUUUUCUGGUGUGAAAACUCUUGUUCAGGACGUCCUUAUACCGGUCCACUUAAAUAAGGAGAUUUUUCUGCUGAUGGUAACACAUUUAAAUUUAAGUUUUUCCAAGAUUACAUUUUCUUAAUCAAUGGCAAGACGAAGAGUUAAGAGAGCUGUCAAACCACCUGCUUCAUCUGAUGCAAGCGACAAAGAUGGUGCUGGUCCAAAGGAGUUUGAAAAGAAAGAAGACACAAUCAGAGACCAGGAAAUUGAACAUCGAAGUGCUGCAAUUAGGGCCAUUCAUGAUAUGGAGAUUGAACAUUUGCUUACUGGGUUGCACUUGCUUCGCUCAUACUUUAAGAAGGAACAGCUGGAGACUCCUGUACUGCAAUUUUUCGAGGAAAACCUUCCAAAUCUGUCUGUUCUUAAACAUGGAAAAUAUGGACAGCACGAAGUGCAAUGGAAGGAUAGAGAUGGUAACUUAACAAUGAACCAAGCUGAUGGAAGAAGCAUACAUUCUUCUCUUCUACAUCGGAUGUCCAUAGUUUAUCCUGAUUGUUCUACUGCAAUGCCAUCUUUUGGUGGCUUUGAAUUUUCAACCGAAGCAGUUAAGGCAAGCCUCCUUGGUGCUGAUAAUUUGCAUAUCAAGGAUACUGUUUUGGAGGAACCGUCUGGUACUCAAAUGCUUGGUUUGCAAGAUGGUUUUCAAACUCCAGGGGUGAGUAGCCACAGGUUGUCUGUUGGAAUGACACCCAAAACUCUAAGGCUUCCUAAACAUGGGGAGAUGCUUCUAUCCGUCCAUGGUUCACCUCUUGGUGUUUACAAGGAAGACAACAUGGAGGCCAUACGUGAGUCGGAUGAAGAUUGAAUGGCUGAAUUUGCAAUACUAUCCAACUUGAGGGUGCUCUAAAUUUACUUGUGGCGUUGUAUUAUCAGUAUAAUUGUGCUUAUAUCCAUAGGCACCAAUUGAUUUAGAAUGUUUUUGGGGCAUCUAUGUUUCCGAAAAGGCUGGGAUGAGUUUUUAAUGGUUCUGCUUGCAUCAAGAUUCUUUAAACGAAGCAUCAACUUGAUCAUCAUUUCAGGGCUGAGCAAAAGCUCUCCAAAGGAUUUUGUAUGUCAAAUGUUAUGCCUACAUCAUUUUUUAAAAUAGCCAAGAUCUUUAGCCAAAGCCGGCUUUGUGUCUGGAGCGGAGCUGAACAGUGAUGAGUGCACUGUAUACAGCAGUGUCAGGCUUGCUACACAUCUCUGAGACGGGCCACAUGGAUAGCUGAUUUGGGCCUCUCUUUCCUAUAACUGAUACUGUUAUUAACUGUGUAAACCCAAUUAUCAGCUAUAUACCACCCUUGUUUUUGUAUCCACCCGACUACCUAAAUUAAGAUACACACACACACACACAUAUAUGUAUGGGAUUUUAUUUA